CGUUUGUAUUAAUAUAUGGUAAUAUAAAACAUCCGGAUAAUUCUCAUCCGGAAACCAGCAAUUUGAAGGACGCACGGCGAUGCAGGUGAGGACGGAUGGAGCGACGAGCGAUGGCGUUGACGGUUGCUUCCGUAGAUCUCGCAGCAGGAAGUGGAUCAGUGGCGAUUGGAUCGACGCAUCCAGCAAGCCGUGGCGAGCAGCGAAGUAGCAAUGAAGCGUCUUCGGCUCGUGUCGGACAAACCCUUGUGGGUGGCGACGCAGCCGCCCGUCAUGUCCCGUCGCGAGUUUUGGAAUCAACUGCACAGCGCGUUGCCGUCCGAGUACAAGUCUGAACGCUCACGGAUAAGGACCAACAAGCACGCAGAAACGCCGAACGAUCCGUUUGGUGUCCAAACGGUGAAGAGCUGCAAUGCCGAUUUGGCGACGCAGUUGGCGCAGACCAUGAACCACCUGUCGCAGCGCAAGAAGGCGCCGUGGACGAAACGCAGCAAUGCGAGCGGAAAGGCGGGUAGUGUCAAGCAAGGUGACAAGUCCGUCGGAGGUCGCGCGCACUAUCGGCACAUCGACCCCGACCUCGAGUCGUACCACUCGAAAUGGCACGAAAAGGCCAGCCAAAUCCACGCCAUUGAAACGCAGCUGCAAACAUACCGCGUGACGCGAGAGAGCGGCGACAUCGAGCGCCAGCACGACGCUUGGGUCGCGAAUCGGCAGUGGGAGUUGUUGGUAGAGGAUGUGGUGCGAGAAGAGCUCGGGGACAUCAUCGACGAGCUGCUGGAAGAGUCGGACGCGGGAAAGGAACUGCCCCACGACGACGACCAAGUGGUCGAGGACGCGCUGCACGGAGGUCCCAUGCACGAAGUGCUGUGUCAAAAGUUCAAUGUGGACGUGUCCCGAACGCUCCUACAGUGCCUCUUGCCGGCCACGUGGCUCAACGACGAGAUUGUGAACUUUUGGUUUCAAAUGCUCACGGAACGCGAUGCAAGUGCACACGAUCGACAUCUCAAAUCGCACUAUUUCAACUCGUUCUUCUUUGCCAAAGUCAGCGAAGGCGGGUACAACUACGUCAACGUGCGGCGAUGGACGCGCAAGAUUGACAUCUUUGCCAUGGACAAGAUCUUUGUGCCCGUCAACAUUCGCAACGUAAGCACCCCAAAUUUAUAUCGUCUGUGACAUCGUUUGGGGUGAUGGAUUCAUCAGGUACACUGGUGCCUCGCGGUGAUCUUCAUGCAAGAGAAGCGCAUUCAGUACUUUGACUCGAUGGCGGGCACGGGGUCGCAGUGCCUCGACGUGCUGCUCAAGUACCUCCACGACGAGUCCCAGCACAAGAAGAACACGCCGUUCGAUGCGACGGGGUGGGAGCUGGUCGGCACCACAGACGACACCCCCCAGCAAGACAAUUCGUUCGACUGUGGAGUCUUCACGUGCAUGUUUGCCGACUACCUCAGCCUCGACCGCCCGUUGACGUUUUCCCAGCGUGACAUGAAGUUUUACCGACGACGCAUGGUCUUGCGCAUGGUGCACGGCAGCAUCCCUCAAGUCGAACCCUUCGACGUGUGAUGAACCUCUCGGCGUAGACAGGGCGUAACUGACGUUAACACACAAGCAACAUCGUACUAUUUCAGACUGCCA